AUGGCCACCAAGCAAUCCCCCGGCAAGCCCUCCCGCAUCACCCCCGAAGAACAGAUCCAGUUCCUACUCAGUUGCAUUCGCUACUCUAACAACGGAAAGAUCGACUUCUCCGCCGUCGCCACAGAAUGCAACAUCGUCACCAAGGCAGCUGCAGCAAAACGCUACGAGCACCUCCUCAAGGCGAACAAUAUCAAUCCCGCGGGCGGAUCUCUCACCUCCACUACCAGUACCACCAACCCCGCCGCCACCACCGGCAACAAUACCACCAAUACAAACACCAAUGCCAGUACCACCGGCACAGAUGCAGAAAGCUCCUCGACUAAAGGCCGGAAGCGGAAGGCGACUACGGCUACGACUACUGCAACCACGCGAGGCAAAGCAACGAAGAAUGAACCUCGGGGGUUGAAGAAGAAGAGGAUGGCGGUGGAGAGGGCGGAGAGGUUGGUGGGGAAGGUUAAGAGGGAGGAUGAUGACGAAGAUGAUGAUGAUGAUGAUGAUUUAGAAGAUGAGGAGGGAGAGGGAGAGGGGGGUGUUAAGGAGGAGGAGGACGAAGAAGAGGACGAGAUGGCGCAGGUUAAGGUUGAGGAUGGGGAGGAGGAAGACGAGGUAGAUGAGGAGGAGGUGGAUGAGGAAGAGGAGGUGGAGGAGUCAGAGGAGGAGUAUAAGCCUUGA